AUGAAUAUUGCAGUGAACCAUGAGGAAGAAAAAGCUGUCCAUUCCUGGUCGAGAAUUUCCUCUGCAGGACAGAAGGUGCUGGAGGAAGCCCUCCGAGUCUUCAACCCAAUGUCCAAGGACCUUUCGGACACAGAGACACAGCUGGUGGCCUUCCUUCAGGGCCUGAAGGAGGAGGGCUACCAGCCCACGAUUCUGAGGAGUAAGGAUGUGUAUGGGUACAGCUCGUGCACGGCAGACACACCAAGCCAGAGGGAUGAGAACACCCUGCACGGCUGUGCUGGUGCCGCUAAGUCUGCUCGGAGUCCAUCGGGGAAUGCUGUGGCACAGGUAUCUGCUCUGCCCACCAGAGUUCCCGUGAGCUCUAUGAGAGUCUCUGCCCAGCCCGUCCCUAAAGGGGAUUCCACAAAUCUCCUCCUGAGCUCCUUGAAGCAGACAGGAUCUGGCACGUCCAAGGCAGCGGCAGUGGGCUUCCCUACCAGCAUGUAUCCCGAUGUGUAUCCAGCCAUGAGACUGUCGGUGGUGCUGGAAGCACUGGUGCCACUGAAAACGACAACAUCCUGUUUGGAGUCUAAGUACACACGAGGGCGUCUUGGGAUCUCACCCUCGGACAUUAAACUCCUCAAGGCUUCACGUUCUCCGAGGCAGUUUUCUUCAGGCAAGAGCACUAAGUUAUCUGAAGGCAAAGGGUACAAGCGUUCGGGAAAGAAAGCACCAGAUUCUGCCAGCCGAGCUUUAACCCUUCUGAAGAGACCAAAGGGUGGAGUGUUGCAGGAGAGCAAUGCCUGCAAAGCCUCGGGAAUUCUCAACGGGAGACUCACAGGCAGCUCCUCCCAGGGCUGUGCCACAGUGCCACAGCCAAAGACCUUGAAAAUCAAAGAUAUGGAAGGUCUGGUGGGAAAAACAGAGUGGAAGGACAGCAGCAGUUACCGGGAGAGCAUUGGGCAGAAGAAGAGAAGAGCUACAGAGACAAAAGAAGCACCGCAGAGGAAAAAAGCAAACACCAUUCCUGCCCAGAAGAAAACUCGACGGGCUCAGAGCACUUUGAACCUGCUGAAAUUCCGGACCAUCAAGGUGGGCAACUCUUCCUCUGAUGAUGAAGUGAGGAGGAAAGCACAGAAGAUUCUUAGGGUCAACCUGUCCCCUGUGAUCCGAAUUCAGCCCUUGUCCCACUCUCACAGUGUCCCCUGA